GAAGGGUGGUCGCAAAAUAAUCAUGUGAAUGCCGUUCUAGGCUUCUAUCAUUAUGCAUCCCCCGCACGAGCGAGGUUACACGCUAUAUCAAUUAUGCCUGAUAGGCACGCAACUUCAUCAUCCUCCCAUCCAACAUCAGACCUUGGUCCCGUCACACCUAUGAAACUGGGUCGGUAAAAUGACAUCUAUCUUGAAAGAUGGCAUCAAAGUCCAACCAGUACCGGUCAAGGUGGUGGACCUUUUGCACAAGGUGCAAACACCCACAGAAAGCGGAAGGAGUGGAUCGUCCAGCCUGGAGACGAUCGCGAUCAAAGAAUUUCACUCCAGCCUCAGAUCUGUGAUAGGCGAUACUAGUACCUUCUCACUUCUGCUUUCGGCGGACACUUCACGAAACCCAUUUUUCCACAAGGGGUGCGCCUAUGUCGUAGAUACAGACGAACUCUACGUGACUUCGGACUUGUUGCAAUCCACCAUAAGCUCUAGGCUACCUGUGAUUCUCAUCUCGAAAUUAUCAUUCCGUCGCACUACGGAGUCCAGCUCUUCUGGCAGUCUAACAGCCCCAAUCACAAGUAUAGAAUGGAUGAAACUUCGGCCCCCAGCCAACAUGCCAAUGCCUUCUGGUGCUAUUCCAUACAAGAGAGGUGUACUAUACUGUUCGCAAGGCGCCCACGAGGCUUAUAGCGGUGGGCUUUUUCACAUGCCGCUAGGCAGCCGACCAAUUCCAGUUGCUACAAAUUACUUCGGUAGAGCCUUCAACUCUGUUCAAAGCGUAAUCGAGGGAAAAGACGGUGCACUAUGGUUUACGGAUUCUUGUGCUGGAUUUGAACAAGAAAUUCGCCCACUGCCGCAACUGCCAAGUCAUGUCUAUUGGUUUCAUCCAACGACUGGCGAGCUUCGAGUUGUUGCAGAUGACCUCAAGAGGCCAGCUGGCAUCGCUUUGAGCCCUAGGGAGGAUACUUUGUAUAUUACCGAUACCGAAGCCGCGCGACCAGGAAACAAACACGCCUCGAGAAGCGCCGCAACCAUAUACGCGUACGAUAUCACCCGACGGCCGGGAUCCUCGCCCUUCCUAAUAAAUAGACGUGUAUUUGCUUUUGCAUUCUCAGGAGUCCCUGCCGCAGUGAUUUGCGACCCCACCGGAAACGUUUACGCUGCAUGCGCAGAUGGAGUGGAAAUAUUUAACUCAGGAGGCACAGCUCUUGGCUUGAUUCAGAUACCAGGCACUUGCUCUAGCUUAUGUUUUGGACGCAAAGGUGAACUAUUGGUGUGUGCAGGACAGAGUCUGUGGAGAUUACAGCUCGAAGGAACAAUUUUCCACUAAUUCCAGGCUGUAUAUUUCUACCAAUGUAGAAUAAUUAUGAGAGCUCAGUCUAGCUACGCUAUCAUGUCCGCUGAGUCAAGUAUCUUCACUCUCAUCUGCCAUGGCAUCUUAUCUCAAUUGCUCCUUACCCCUUGAUUGUUCUAGGAUUGAAUUGAUCAUGAACUAGUCGCACCAGCUAGCACAGCAGCUUCUAUACUCGCGGAGAGCCCUAAGACAAU